AUGACGACGGAAAAAAAGGUCCCCAUUACAACCCAGCUCCCGGCUCCUCCGCCCGUCCUUCCCGCUGAAAUAUACCAGACUCAAUACCAGACCCAGUACGUGACCCAGACCGCGUACAAGACCCAAGUCCAGUACGUAACCCAGACCCAAGUGCAGUACCAGACCCAGUACCAAACCCAUACCAGACCCAUACCAAACCCAGUACCAGACUCAAUACCAGACCCAGUACGUGACCCAGACCGCGUACAAGACCCAAGUCCAGUACGUAACCCAGACCCAAGUGCAGUACCAGACCCAGUACCAAACCCAGUCCCAGUCUACCAGACCGCCUACAAGACCCAGGUCGUGCCCACCACCCGCUACGUGACCCAGUACCAAACCCAGUACCAGACUCAAUACCAGACCGAGUACGUACCCAAGUACGUGACCCAGACCGCGUACAAGACCCAAGUCCAGUACGUAACCCAGACCCAAGUGCAGUACCAGACCCAGUACCAAACCCAGUACGUCACCAAGUCUGAAUACGUGCCCAAGUACGUCACCCAAACCCAGUACCAGACCCAGUACGUGACCCAGACUCAAUACCAGACCCAGUAUACCACCCAGUACGCUCCCCAAUACGUCACGGAGACCCAGGUCAAAUACCAGACCCAGUAUACCACCCAGUAUGCUCCCCAGUACGUCACCGUCACUCAGCAGUCCUACAAGACCGUGUGCCCCAAGCCAGCCUACGGCUAUUAA